GCAAAGCGGAAGGAGAAGGAUUGGAGAUUUAUUAUUUCUGGUUUUCUGGGGUUUAUUUGCACACAGAACAGAUUUCAGAACGAAAUUUCUAGUCUACUGUCACUGUCAAAAUAAUGUCAGUGUCAAACUCGUAAUUUUUGCAAAACUAAAAACUCCUCAAUCUCAAAUUUUAUCAAAUUUCAUGUUAAAAAUACCCGCUAUUAAUGAAAAUAACUAUUAAACAUACUGAGAUAUUACGGGUACACCUAAAUAAAUUUGCCAGUUCGGCCUACAUUUAAAUAAGCUUUAUUUAAUUGGCUUUUGUUAUGUCUUAGGAUAGGAGGUGUGUUUUCGUGAACCAAGAACUUCGUCUAUUUAUUUUUCUCCAGUCUAAAUCCUAGUGCCAUGAUGGACGGGAGCAGUGACUCGCUCUCUGUGAUGGGCCCAACGCUCGGGAGCUCCCCGGCCGUGCUGCUGACGCCGGGGCGAACGCGGAACAUCGCGCAGGACAUGGAGGCUCUACGCCUGUCUCGCCAGGACAACCCCUAUCUGCAGCAAGUGAUGGCGAGUAGAGAGAGCCUCAUCGAGAGUCACCCCGAGGAGUGUGAGUCCGACGACACUAUCCUCAUGUCACAGGAGUUUGGAAGUACAGCGCUCAGUUUGGUGGAAGACGACCCUCUCACACUGAAGGAGGUCCAUGAGCACAUGAUCCGGUCCCCUCCACCUACCAGCUGCUGGCCUCAUGACUCGCUCACACAACGAGCGGCGAGUGCCUUCGACUUCGGCGGCGACGGGCCGCAGCUGCUGAGCUCGCACUCCGUUGACGGACAGGUGGACCAGGAGUGCGGUCGCUCCCCGCGCCGCCCGCGCGACAGCAGCGCCGCCCGCGCGCGCUCCUCGAGCCAGGCCUCCCCGCGCCCCCGCGCCCCCUCCCGCCCCCUGUCUCUGCCUGGUGAAAGCCACCUGAAGCUCAACAAGAAGCAAGGAGGCCAGACCAGCGAGAAAUUCUCCUUACUACAGCAUCCGAGGCCGCUGAGACGACGACAAGACGACAGCGUGAGAUUGGUCGCAGAUUGUGACAAGUAGCAAGGAAGAUGCUCAGAAGAAGGAGAAAGGAGGUUAUAGUGUUGUCUGUGGACUGACAGUUGUGUUUGACAGCUGAUGUAUUGAGGGUAGACUUGAGAUUAUUGAUUAUUGCAGGUUAUGUGAGCUGUUGAUGGAUAUGUAUGGAGUGGAUUGGUCGGUUUUUGUUUACCAUCCAUGUAUCUUGUAUUCGAAUUCGAUUCUAUUCGAUAAACAAACGUAUCAGCGUAGCGAGCAUGAACUAUUCGUCGACUCAAUCGAUCGUUUCGAACGUUGGUAUAAAUAAAAAACGAUUGCGGCCCCCUAGCAUUUAGCAAGAGUUUAGUCUCGCGUUUUUUCAUAUAAUAUGAGAUCGAAUCGAAUUCAUGCUUGCCUCUUGGAUACAGAUUUUUUCGCAUGACCCAUCGCAAGAAGGAUGAUGUAGGUACUUACAACUACCUCUAGAUAGUAAGGGUUAGUCAGCCAAGAAUAUGGCCAAAAUUUCGGUAUUUUCAUGACACAAUUAAAACUUUCUUUAAAAAGAAAAACACCAAAGAAACAUUUUAACUAACAUGCUUCCAAUUUUCUAUCAGUUGGCUAGUAAAUGUAAAAUAUACCUAAUAAAAAUGAGAAUUUGCUCAUAAAAUAAAUAUUUCAUAGUGGAUUCAUUGAACACUUUUGAAUGUGUUAUCUAUUAUUUAUACUUGGGGAAAAUACACCACACAGUUUGUAUAUUAAAUACUAUAACAAAAUGUGCUUUUAGCAACAUUCUAAACUUAAUUAUACAGAAAGAUAUGUAGGUAUAAUGUAGUCGUGAAAUAGUAAAAAUAUUAAGUUUCUAGUCAAUAUGAAUAGUUAAUUAUUUUUAAUGCGUGUUUUAUGUACCUAUGCAUCCACAAGUAUGAAACGAUGUUCUAGAUCUUACAUUAUUUUAAUUUAUAUUCAUAAACUCAUCUUGCCAUUUUAUGGUUACGGUAUGUUUUUAUGACUUACUUUUUUGAAUUUUAAUAUAUACCAACAAAUGUUGUAUGGAGGUGCCCGUUUCAUAUAAAUUUUACCAAAGUGGUUCCGG